AUGGCGACAAUAGAAAAUAUCAAAGUCUAUCUCCAUGAGAAGGAGCUAUGGAAGAAAUUUCAUGAAGCUGGCACGGAAAUGAUAAUAACCAAAGCAGGCAGGAGGAUGUUUCCUAGUUACAAGGUUAAAGUGACCGGAAUGAACCCCAAGACCAAGUACAUCCUGUUGAUUGACAUCGUCCCGGCAGAUGACCACCGGUAUAAAUUCUGUGACAAUAAAUGGAUGGUGGCCGGGAAGGCAGAGCCGGCCAUGCCGGGGCGGCUGUACGUGCACCCCGACUCACCCGCCACGGGAGCGCACUGGAUGCGGCAGCUGGUGUCCUUCCAGAAGCUAAAACUCACCAACAACCACCUGGAUCCCUUUGGACAUAUCAUUCUUAAUUCAAUGCAUAAAUACCAACCGCGGCUGCAUAUUGUGAAGGCGGAUGAGAACAACGCUUUCGGGUCGAAGAACACAGCCUUCUGCACCCACGUUUUUCCGGAGACGUCCUUUAUAUCGGUGACCUCCUACCAGAAUCACAAGAUAACCCAGCUGAAAAUUGAAAACAACCCCUUUGCCAAGGGAUUCAGGGGGAGCGACGACAGUGACCUGCGCGUGGCACGACUGCAAAGCAAAGAAUAUCCAGUAAUUUCCAAAAGCAUCAUGAGGCAGAGGUUGGUGUCCAGUCAUGGCCAGCUUUCAGCAAAGCCAGAUGUUAACCCUCUUCAUGGGAAUCACCAGACCCUUCAACAUUAUCAGUAUGAGAACGGUGCUCACAUGCAAUUUGCAGCUUCAGAUACUCAAGACCUGCCACUCAACACCUUCACAGCACAGAGGGAUUCAGGGCUCUUCUAUCAUUGCCUAAAAAGAAGAGAAAGUGCUCGGCACCUGGACCUGCCCUGCAAGCGCUCCUACCUGGAAGCUUCCUCUUCUGUAGGAGACGAUCACUAUUUCCGUUCCCCGCCUCCCUACGAUCAGCAGAUGUUAAGCCCUUCCUAUUGCAGCGAGGUGACUCCGCGGGAAGCCUGCAUGUACUCUGGUUCUGGGGCUGAAAUUGCUGGUGUCUCAACGGUUGAUGACUUGCCACCACCACCUCCCCCCUUGAGCUGCAAUAUGUGGACUUCCGUCGCACCUUACACCAGCUACAGCGUUCAGACAAUGGAAACUGUCCCUUACCAGCCUUUCCCUGCUCAUUUUACUGCCACCACCAUGAUGCCGCGGCUCCCGUCCAUCACGGGCCAAGGCUCGCAGCCACCAGGUAACAGCCACUUCAGUGUCUACAACCAGCUGUCCCAGUCUCAGGUUCGGGAGCGCGUUCCUUCUUCGUCUUUCCCAAGGGAAAGGGUGCACCCGUCUGUGUGCGAGAGAAAACCCCCCUCUCCGCACCUAAACGCGGCGAACGAAUUCCUGUACUCACAAAGCUUUUCCUUGUCGAGGGAGUCGUCGCUGCAGUAUCAUUCAGGGAUGGGGACUGUGGAGAACUGGACUGACGGAUGA